GGAGACGCCUGCGCUGUUGAAGUCCGAAUAAUCAAGAUUGCAGCAUCUUUUAUGUAGCAGGAAAAUAAUUUCAUAAAGGCAUAGGUCGCGUGGUAUCGGGGACGCGCGCAGUCACGGGAACUGGAACAGAGCGCGUCCCCGUCAACAGAGAUCGCGCUCCUAGUCAGCAGAGAAUCACACACAGCGCAAGAACUAAUGGUGGGAUCGGGUCGGAGCAAGCUGGCGUUGAUCUGUACACAAAAUCUCUCGGCGCUCAUUUUGCAACGCGAACACUCAACGGGCAAGGAUUAAGACGUAAUAAAACAUAUGUGUAUGAACGGGGGACAAGAACGCACAGUAUGGUCCGGGAAACCAGACACCUAUGGGUGGGGAAUUUACCCGAAAAUGUACGAGAGGAGAAAAUUAUCGAACAUUUCAAACGGUAUGGACGGGUGGAGAGCGUCAAAGUCCUCCCGAAGCGCGGUUCGGAAGGCGGAGUGGCGGCCUUCGUGGAUUUCGUGGACAUCAAGAGCGCCCAGAAGGCGCACAACUCCAUCAACAAGAUGGGGGACCGGGACCUGCGCACCGACUACAACGAGCCGGGCACCAUCCCCAGCGCCGCGCGCGGCCUGGACGACAGCCUGCCGCUAGGCACGCGCACGCGGGACGUUUCGGGGUUCACCAGGGGGGCGGGGGGGCCCGUUUACGUGCCUCCCGCUUCGCUCCACAGCCGGGAGGGGCGCUACGAACGCAGACUGGACGGGGCUGCGGACGGUCGGGAGCGGGCCUAUGAUCACAGUGCCUAUGGACACCAUGAGCGCGGUGGCGGCGGCGGCGGCGGCAGCUUUGAGCGGCAGCGGCACUACGAUACGGACUAUUACCGCGACCCCCGGGACCGCGCGCUGGGCGGGGCGGGUGGCAGCUCCGGCGGCGGCAGCGGGGCAGGCGGCGGGGGCCCCGGCGGGGUCAGCGGAGGCGGCGGAGGGGCCGGGCCAGGCAGCGGCGGCACCGGCGGCGGCGGCGGAGGGGGCGUGGCCGGCGGAGGGGGCGGGGCAUCCGCCUCGGUGGGCGUGGCCUACUACGCGUCGCGCAGCCGGAGCCCCAGCCGCUUCGAGACGCCCGAGCCGCGGUACGAGCCGCGCGCCCGCGAGCCCUUCACGCUGGCCAGCGUCGUGCACCGCGACCUCUACCGCGAGGAGCGGGGUCGCCGCGGCGACCGGGCCUACCACCACAGCCGCAGCAGGUCGCCGCACUCCACGCACUCGCGGAACCCCUCGCCGCAGCGGCUGGCCAGUCAGGCGGCGCGACCCGCCCGCUCCCCCAGCGGCUCCGGCUCCCGAAGCCGCUCCUCCAGCUCCGACUCCGUCAGCAGCACCAGCAGCAGCAGCAGCGGCAGCAGCGAUUCCAGCAGCAGCUCGAGCGACGAGUCGCCGGCGCGCUCCGUGCAGUCCGCCGCCGUGCCCGCGCCCUCCGCCCCGCCCCCGCCCGCCAUCGACAAGGACGAGCCGCGCAAGAGCUUCGGCAUCAAGGUCCAGAACCUGCCCGUGCGGUCCACAGACACGAGCCUGAAGGACGGGCUGUUCCACGAGUUCAAGAAGUACGGCAAGGUGACGUCGGUGCAGAUCCACGGGGCGUCGGAGGAGCGGUACGGCCUGGUCUUCUUCCGCCAGCAGGAGGACCAGGAGAAGGCGCUCGGCGCCUCCAAGGGGAAGCUGUUCUUCGGCAUGCAGAUCGACGUCACCGCCUGGAACGGCCCCGAGACGGAAAGCGAGAACGAGUUCCGGCCGCUGGACGAGCGGAUAGACGAGUUUCACCCCAAGGCCACGCGCACCCUGUUCAUCGGGAACCUGGAGAAGACCACCAGCUACCACGACCUGCUCACCAUCUUCCAGCGCUUCGGCGAGAUCGUGGACAUCGACAUUAAAAAGGUGAACGGCGCCCCGCAGUACGCCUUCCUGCAGUACUGUGACAUCGCCAGCGUCUGCAAGGCCAUCAAAAAGAUGGAUGGGGAGUAUCUAGGCAACAACAGGCUAAAGUUGGGUUUCGGGAAGAGCAUGCCCACGACGUGCGUGUGGCUGGACGGCCUGGCCUCCAACAUCACAGAGCAGUACCUCACCCGUCACUUCUGCCGCUACGGACACGUGGUCAAGGUUGUGUUUGACAGACUUAAAGGAAUGGCCCUCAUCCUGUACAACAACAUUGAAUACGCACAGGCUGCAGUCAAGGAGACCAAGGGCUGGAAAAUCGGGGGCAAUAAAAUCAAGGUGGACUUUGCCAAUCAGGAGAGUCAGAUGGCUUUCUAUCGCUCAAUGCAGACAUCUGGGCAGGACAUCCGAGAUUUCUAUGAAAUCCUCUCAGAACGAAGAGACGAGCGCAGGCCGCCGUACCACGAGUUUUCUGCUGAGCGGGCGUACUACGAAAAUGUCCGCACCCCGGGCACCUACACGGAAGACCCUCGUCGGAAGUACCCGGCCCGCAACCGCGAGUUCUACGCGGAGUGGGACCCCUACGGCGGCGGCGGCGCCGACUACUACGACCCGCGUUACUACGACGACCCGCGCGAGUACCGGGACUAUCGCGACCCCUACGAGCAGGACAUCCGCAAGUACAGCUACCUGCAGCGGGAACGCGAGCGGGAGCGGGAGCGCUUCGAGACCGACCGCGAGCGAGACCACGGGAGACGUACGAUCGAGCGCAGCCAGAGCCCCUCCCACCCCCGGCGCCCCGCCAGCCCCGCCGCGUCCCCCUCCCCCUCCGAGCGCCUCCCCAGCGACUCCGAGCGACGCAUCUACAGCCGCUCCUCCGAGCGCAGCGGCAGCUGCAGCUCGCUCUCGCCGCCGCGCUACGAGAAGCCGGACAAGGCCCGGCCGGAGCGCUACGGCAAGGGCGAGAAGCCGGAGAAGGAGCGGCCUGCGUUCGAGGCGGAGCGGGGCGGCGGCGGGGGCGAGAAGGACAAGCGCGUGGGACGCAAGGAGAAGCCCGACAAGGAGAAAGGAGAGAAGCUGAAACUGAGGAAGCUGAAGGUGCCGUCCCCCAGCAUCCCGUCGUCGGAGACGGACCCCGAACCGGACCGGGAAGCCAGCCCCGAAGCGGGCCCACGGAUGAAAGGAAGCAAGUUGCCAGCCAAAGAGAAGGAUGCUUCUGGCAAGGGCCGUCUGGACUUACCACCCUGUGUCGUUCAGCUUACGCGUGUCAAGGAGAAGGAAGGGAAACUGGUGGACCAGGCUGUCAUGGAGAAACAAAGGCUGAAGGCGGAGAAUGACUGUGUUAGGUCUCCACCACUACCCCCACCUUUACCUGCUGAACAGAGGGCGCUGUCCUCCCGCCUGGACCUUCAAAAGGGAGAACUGCCGAAGCAGGGAAAAGUUCUCAAGGAAAAAGGUUUAGCCAGCCAGGUGGAGGUUGUGGACAAGGAAGGGAAGACUAAGCCCAAGAAACACAAAACUGAACCCAGCUUUGAUGGCGGUAGCUCAUCUGUGGAUGUUGAGCGACUGGCGGCACGAAAAAGGCGUUUCGCAGAUGCUGGUGGGAAGAUGGAGCGACUGAAGAGGGUCAGCCAAGAGGAAGAGGAAGUAAGGCUUGGGCUGAAGAAGCUGGCUGAUGGUGCCAUUCCCAAAGAUGUAGAAGGGGACAGGAAGGUCCUGAGGAAAGAUGCGCCCAAGAGAGAGCACCGCAAGGCUAAACCAGAGAGGCUGGUCACUGUGUGCAGCCCCACAGAAGGGCCUGAGCCAGAGAACAUUGCUGCUGGACUAGGCUUGGGGCUUAGUCUGGAUCUGCAGGCACGCUUAGGGGAGCCUACAGAAGAGGCGUCCGACCCCUUGGACUUUCCGGGCAGGAAGAUUGGGGUAUUAGGGUCAAAGUCCCAAGGCCGUCCAAGUCUUUCUGGAAUGUUUUCUGAAGAUGGCAGCCUCGAUCAGGAUGAUAUGAGGGAGCAGGAGCAGCAAGGUUUUCUAGAUCUUGCUGAUCAGGCUUUAGUGCAGACAAAAGGCAUUGGAGAGGGUGAAGAGCGCCUCUCUCUGGACAUUGACCACUCCCAGAGUUGCCGAAAACAGAUGGAGCAGAGUCGACGGCUCCGCCAGCAGCUGCAGGAACCUGACAAGUCGGAUAAACCUGACAGUCCGCGUGGCGAAUCUGAGGACUUUGAGCGCCGCAGUUUAGUGCACGAAGUGGGCAAGCCCCCUCAGGACGUCACGGACGAUUCUCCGCCCAGUAAACGCAAGAAGCUGGAGGCUUUCGAAUUUGAGAUGAGUUCGAAAAGGGAACGUAACUAUCGGAGUUCCCGGCAGCUGAACGAGGAAGCCGAAAGGAGCAUGGCCACCGUGCCGGGACUGCGGCACUUCUCCUACCACGAGGAAGACAGCAGUGCAGACUCGCCCCACCUCGUCACUGUGAAAGAACCUAAGAAUUCUCCAAAAGCAGAGGAAAAGGUGUACUCGCACUUAGACCUCCUGAAGUACAACUUUAGCAGAGUUCGGGGCUCGCACUCGGACCUGACUAAGAUCAAGGCUUCAUCUCUCGGGUGUGAAGAUGAGCUGCAGCACCGGUGGGAGAGUAGAGUGAAACAGGAUCCACUUCGACUAGAUAUGAGCUUCCCCAGCAGUAUUGUGAAACGGGAAGGCAUCCGCAAGCGCCUAGUGCGUGAACUGGAGCCCGGAGAGGUACAGUCGGACUCUGACGAGGACGGCGAGAACAAACAUCACUCGCCUAAGCCCUCGACGUCUCUCUCCUACUUUCUUAGGGAGCGUGAGGAGAGGCUGUCGGACCUUAAACUAUCGGGCUCCCUGGAGAGGAACAAGUUCUAUUCUUUUGCACUGGACCAAACCAUAACGCCAGACACGAAGGCUCUGCUCGAGCGAGCGAAGUCGCUGUCCUCCUCCAGAGAGGACAACUGGUCCUUCCUGGAUCGCGACUCCCGCUUCGCGAGCUUUCGCAGCAGCAAGGACAAAGAGAAAGUGGAGUCCGCCCCGCGGCCGAUUCCGUCCUGGUACAUGAAGAAGAAGAAGAUCCGCACGGACUCGGAGGGGAAGCUGGACGAUAAAAAGGAGGAGCCGAAGCACGAGGAGCAGGAGCGACAGGAGCUGUUUGCCUCUCGCUUUCUGCACAGCUCAAUCUUUGAGCAGGAUUCAAGGCGCUUGCAGCACCUCGAACGCAAGGACCAGGACCCUGAGCUGGGUGCAGGGAGACUAGCUGGGAGACAGUGCUCAACCGAGGCACAGCUUGGAACAGCUGGGGGAGACGUCCUUCAAGAACCCAUCGUGCUCUUCCACAGCCGUUUCCUGGAGCUACAGCAGCAGAAAGAGAGGGAUCAGCGGCCAAGGGAGAUAGAAAGAGAGAGUAGUGUUGAUGUGAAUGAGAAAGAGAAGCUACAGGAUGGAGAACAGAAGCAGCAGAAUAUUAUAAAAGUACAGGAGCCUAUGCCCGACGCAGAGAUCAAACCAAUCAGCCCUGUCUCAGUUCUCCCUGUUUCACUAUCUCUUCCGGUUCCCCGAGAGAUGUCGCCACCACAGGAGAAGCCAACUGUCCAAACUCCACCCCAAGAGCCUUCCGUCACACAGGUGAAAGAAGAAAAGGUGGAAGCUGUUCCAGAAAUCUCACCACCUACAUCGGUUCCUCUGGUAGAGAUCCAGCCACCCACCAGUAUCAGUGUUACACCACCAGAACCCGUUUCUCAAGAGACAGAAAUUAAAUUGGAGCCAAAGGAAGAGCUGUGUGAACCUAAGCUCCCAACAGAAAACACACUGACAGCAGAGAGCUCUGCAUACUUUGAUGUCAAGCCUCCCACUCCAGGGGCCACACUGAGCAGUUUGGAGCCAGAGCCUGGCGCCCCAGAAUUCCCCUCUUCUACGUCCCCCAAGCCUGUCGAAAAUACAGAGACAGUGAAAGAAGAGGAGAUUACGCCUGACAAAUCUGAACCCCUGGAUGGUGUGAUGCCCCAGAAACUGGAAGAACCUCAGGAGGGACUGGCUCAAGUCUCUGACGACGCAGAAGCGGAGCCCGUGGUACCAGCCCGCAAACUGGGGAAGACCAAAAGGGCCAAGCCACCCCCGGCACCGCCACCACCUCCACCGGCUCAGGCAGCUGGUGCCGAGAAGCCAGCCACUCGUAAGAGCGAGCGUAUCGACAGGGAGAAGCUGAAGCGGGCGUCGUCCCCACGCGGAGACGUGUCUAAAGUUAGCUCGGACGGUAAGACCACAUCAAAGUCUCCUAUCCAUGCCCCCGACACCGAGCCGAACUACGAGCCUAGUCUGCUCGUCGGCAGGACGCGGCGCCGGAAUGUCCGUUCCGUGUACGCCACUCCGGUUGAGGACGAGGCCCCGCAGCAGCCUGGGAAGGAGGUGACGGAGGCCCCCCGUUCCACUCGAAAGCGGGGUGCCGACAAAGAGCAGGUGCAACAGCAGCAGCAGCAGCCGCCCCAGCAGGAAACUCUGACUGCCCCUACCACCCCUAGACGAGGCCGCCCUCCGAAGACGAGGGUGAAGGGCGAUCCACCGAAAGUGGCCGAGGGGGAAGAGGCCGAGAGCAAAGAGCUGGGAAGCAGCGGAGAAUGCACCAAGGCGGCGGAGGGGUGGCGUUCGCCCCGCACGCAGAAAGUGCAACAGAAUCAAGGGUCGCCACCUGGAGGGCUCGGACAGGGCAGGAAAGCAGGCAAAACGGACAAAACGCCUGAAUGCGCAGUUCCACAGUCGGAGCACCCUGGGAGUGACGUUGCAGGUUCUCUGGAAUCUCCGACCAAGUUGAAAGAUGAGACCUUGGAAGAACCGGUUGCGAAGCCUACGGAGGAUGAUGCCAAGCAGCAGCAAGCGACGGUACCGAGAGCGGAGAAAGAGAAAGAAACAACAGAUCUGGUUGACAGGAAAUCCAUUGAGGAGAAGACUGCUGAAAAAUCUGAGCCCCUGCUUGUGGAAAAGCGGCAGCCGUCAGAGAAGAGCGGGAAGGCAAAGGCAGCAAGGUUGACUCGCAACACCAAGAUGGUGACGGAAGACAAGUCGUUAAGCCUGAAGAACCUAGAGAUUCGUCUGAGUGUUGAUGAUGUGAAGGGUGUUUUGCGCUCGGGGGAAGAUGAGCCUGAGUCUUUUGAGGCCUCUCCAAAAAAGCCUAAACCUGGGGUGUCAGUCAAGGAGGAAGCAAUGGCACCUUGUUUCCUCAAAGAGGCGCCCAGCCCUGAGGAGAAAGAGGAGGUGCUGUCUGAUCCUGAACCCCCAAUGGACCCAGCUGCUGCCUUACUGGCCCGUCAGAUGGAACUCGAACAGGCAGUGGAAAACAUUGCCAAGAUGACAGAAGUACCCACCCUGCCACCCUACAAGGAACCUCCUGCAGAGCCGCCAGCCCUACUGCUGCCAGUUGUCGAAGAGCCAGAGGCUGAGAUCGAGGAGGAAAAGCCCGCUAACCCCGCCAGUGAGACUGAACUUGCUGCUGCUAUCGACUCGAUCACUGCAGAGGACAUCUCGGGCGAUGCAGAUGGUUUCACAGCUCCCCCUACUUACUCUACACUCAUCCCUUCCUCCGAGCCGCUGGUGUUGCCCCCUGCCACUGAGGCCAUGGAACCGGAAACCGACUUUGCCAUUAGAAAUAUAAUGGAUGCAGAACCAGAAGUGGGAGGUCUGAUAGCAGAUUCCAAGAAUGCAGAGCCAGCCGCUGCAGAAAAACCUGUCCCAGGUGAGUUGCCUGCCCCAGAAACAUCGAGGAAGGGGGGGAGUAAAGUUAGACCCAAAGCUCCGAAGAAGUCCAGGAGUCGUAAGGCUCCUGCUACCAGAAAGGGGGACCCUGUGGAGGAUAGCAUGACAGAACCUGAGCCCGCUGCAGUUAAGCUGCCAGACUCUAUCCCUGAAGACACUCAGACCGUUAACCCUAAAGCAGGGGCCACCUCAGCCGCGACAGCUGUGGUCACGACUGCUGCCUCCUGCAAGCAGGAGGUGGGACACGCAACGUCGGUGGCUGUAGAUACGCCAAAAGAAGCAGAGCAGCCAGCGGCGGAGCAGCCUGAACCCCAGGAAUCUGCUUUUCACUCAAACAGUAAGAGCCCCCCUCAUUUCAAGCUGCAGCAGCCGCCGGCUGAGCCUGUGGCCCCUGCCCUCACUCCGUCGCCAACUCGGCUGAAUUUCUCUGCCCCCCGUCCUGCCAAACUGCCGGUCUCUCCGCCCGAUUGGCUUAACAGAUCCGAAGAGGCGGGAGUCCUGUCAACCCCGCCGACUCAGGCGACGGUGGCCGCCCCCCCUCUGCCCACGGCGGCGGCAGCUCUGGUGGCGGCCCCGUCGGGGAACCCCCCUUUGCCUCCUGACACCAAGGCCUCAGACAUCGACCCCAGCUCCAGCACUCUGCGCAAAAUCCUCAUGGAGCCCAAAUACGUGUCUGCUUCGUGCGGCAACUCCGCUCCCAAGGCGCUGCUCACAACCACAACGUCCCUCGGAGAUUCGCGCAUGUCGGAGACGGAAAACUCGUCCGAUUUUCUGACGGCGAAGCCUUCUCCUCCCGAGGACCGACCCUCACCCGUGACGCCUCUCCCCACGCUGCAGCAGCCGCCUCCGCCGCCGCCUCCUGAGACCCAGCAGCCCUUCGGGGAGAAGAUGGUGAAUUCGGUCAUCUCCUCCACGGCCACCUCCGUCAUCAGCCGCAUCCACAUGCCCUUCGACUCGGAGGAGACGCCGCACAUCACUCUGGGCAACCGCAUGUCGUUGCCCAAGCAGAAGUACCGGUCCAGCGUGAACGAGAACAACCGCUACCACGGGCUUGUGGUGGCGGAGGAGGGGAGCAGUGGCGGGCGGCCCAUGGUGGAGAGCACGACGUACACGGGCACGGGCUCCAGCCCGGGGCUCAGGGUCAACACUUCGGAGGGGGUCGUGCUGCUGAGCUACUCGGGGCAGAAGACGGAGGGACCCCAGCGAAUCAGCGCCAAAAUAAGCCAGAUCCCACCAGCCAGCGCGGUUGACAUCGAGUUCCAACAGUCUGUGUCUAAAUCUCAGAUCAAGCAGGAGCCGCUCACCCCAUCCCAGCCUCCCACCCCUAAGGGUUCCCAAACGCCGACUGGUUAUGGCCACACUGGGGGAGUCUUAGCUGGCCAAGCUUACAACACACAGCCUGUUAUUUCAUCCAUCAAGCAGGAGAGUCCUGGCUCAGAUAAAUCAGAUUCGCCGUACCAUUCUGGGCCACAAGGGGGAGCUGUGAAAAUGCUCCAGCAAUCUGUGGGAAGCCCUCAAGUUCUUAUGUACAAUCAGAGCAUGAUGCAGCAGCAGCAGCAGCAUGCAAAGAAGGGGACCGGGUCUGAUGGUCUGCCUUUGAAGGUUGAUUCGGGUAAGCUGCCCCAGGCCACUAACCUGAGCCCUGUCAUGAGCCCUCACCACCCUUCUUUGGCGGGUAACCACAUGGGUUCCAGUCCCAGCACCCCAACCGAAAGAGCAGUGCCACACCUGAAGCAAGAGCCCCACUCCCCUCGAACGUCGGGCCACUCGCCCUCCCCUUUCUCGAAAGUGUGCCCCCCGAGCAGCUCCGUCUCCCCCAUCGGCACCUCUGUGGUCCUGGGCCCCGGGAUGCCCGCGAUGUCGCAGUUCGUCUCCGGCGUGCACCACCAGGAGCAGUCUGUGAUCAUGCCCCCCCACAGCGUCACCCAGUCCGUUCCCAUGAGCCACCUCUCCCAGGGCGAGGUGCGGAUGAACACGCCCCCGCUCUCCGGGAUGGGCUACGGAAUGCACCCGGAGUCCCUGGCCUCGCCCCGGUCCGGACACCAGCAGCGCUCGAGCACGCCCCAGCCGGCCGGCAUCCGGGACAUGGUCCUGCAGUCGCACGCGGGCUCCGCCGGGGGCGGCGGCGGCGGGGCGGGCGAGGACGACGUCCGACACUUCCAGAGCCUGCGGCGGCCCUCCGUGCCGCAGCUGCAGCCGGACGUGAUGGUGAUGCCGACGGACUACCGCGGCCUCUCCCACGGCGGCCUGCGCCUGGAGCAGUACGGCCUGCCGUCCCGGGACGUGCGCAUCCUGAUGCACCACCAGCUCGGCGAGCACCCCAACCCCGAGUCGCGCCAGGCGCGCACCCCGGAGGCCGCCCAGUCCUCUUCGUCCUCCUCCACCAGCAUCUCCUCUUCUUCCUCGUCUUCCUCUUCUUCCAAAACGCCCCCGGUUGGGAAGGGCGUGACGCAGUCGGGGAAGGACGCGCCGAAGCCGCUGGAGGUGAAGAUGCCGCCCUCGCCGCACGCAGAGAGCAGGAUCAUGGGAGUCCAUCCCACUGUGCCUGUCAUGGUGCCCCCCCAGGGGGUCCAGCUCAUGCACCCGGGAGCCGGGAGCUCCUUCCCGGAAUAUCCAGGCGUGUACAGAGACAUGCGGGGCUUCCACUCCCAGUUUUCCGGUCACUCCUCCCUGGGGAUGAACCUCGCGCCCCGCAGCAUCACCCCUUCCCAGAGUCUUCAGGAGGGUGACCGUGAUCGUGACCGUGACCGCGACCACGCCCACCGGAGCAAAACGCCCCAGGUGUCGUCUUCGGGUGCCGUGGGGGCGGGGCCCGAACCCAAAACCGAGAGCUUGCACCUCCGUCGCACGGCGACCAUAAAGCUGCCCCACGCCCCCCGGGUCCUGGGGGAGACCGUCUCGCCUUCCUACGUCUCUUCCAUUGCCUCCGGUCACCAGGUCACCCACAAGCUGGACCUGGCUCCUCCCAUGCAGAAGGGCUCGCAGUCCUUCCUGUCCGCGCCUCUGCCGCCGCUGUCGUCGUCGUCCUCGUCGUCCUCCGGCUCCUCCCAGAUGCGGCCCGACGGCAAGCUGGAGCACACGGGCCACCGGUCCGACAUGGUGCAGCUCCUGACGAAGUACCCCAUCGUGUGGCAGGGGCUCCUGGCGCUGAAAAACGACACGGCUGCCGUUCAGCUGCACUUCGUCUCGGGCAAUAACGUCCUGGCGCAUCGCUCCCUGCCCCCGCCAGAGGGGGGCCCCCUACUGCGCAUCGCCCAGAGGAUGAGGCUGGAGGGGUCGCAGCUGGAGAGCGUGGCGCGCAGAAUCACGGUGGAGAGUGAUUACUGCCUCCUGCUGGCGCUUCCCUGUGGCCGCGACCAGGAGGACGUUCUGAACCAGACUCACGCCCUGAAGGGAGGGUUCAUCACCUACCUGCAGGCCAAGCAGGCAGCUGGCAUCAUCAACGUCCCCAACCCCGGCUCCAAUCAGCCGGCCUACGUUUUACAGAUUUUCCCGCCUUGCGAGUUUUCGGAGAGCCACCUGUCCCGGCUCGCCCCCGACCUCCUGAACAGCAUCUCCAGCAUCUCGCCGCACCUCAUGAUCGUCAUCGCCUCGGUGUGAGGCCUCUGUUUACAACCUGCUGGACCGCAGACCCCACCCCACCCUGACCUCCGCACUCCAGCAGUCGCAAAAAAAAAUAAAAUAAAAUAGAAGAAGAAAGGGGAAUCCUGGCUCACCGUUCUGGCUGGGCUCUCUGUUUUUAACAUUCUCGAUGAUGUCCCUCCUCGUCCUACUCCGCCGCCGCCGCCGCCUUCUGCCUGCACUUCCUGGUCUGCGUUCCACCUCUGGCUUUCGCCGAGAGCGCACCGGAAAAAAAAAGGUGGAAUUCAAUUUGCAGUCGAUCCUGCGGGCCGCGUUUCCCUGCUCUGGUCCAGCGUGCUUGGGAGUGCUUUUUGCACAUUCCUGUUUUUAAGGUUGUUGGCGAGGCAAUCGGAGGUGGAUUUGUUGGAACAGCAAACGUGGAGGCGGGGGGGGACAGUCAACAGGUGGAUUGUUUUUUUUUUUUUUUUUUUUUUAAUUCAAAUGAUGAUUGUGAUUUAUUAUUUUUUAACAAAAAAAAAAACUAGAAAAUGGAUCGGAUCAGUCAUUGCACUAUGUUGGAGGAAAAUACCUUUUUCAUAAAAAACUUGGACCUUGUACAGAUUAAAUAAAAAAAAAUAAAAAAAGAUGCAUAAUACGACAGGAUGGAUUGACACGCUUUGCUUGUAUUUAAAAAAAAAAAACUGCUCUGGAAAAAGCAAACAAAACUUUUUUUUUUUGUGAAUCUAGGUAAGAAAAUUGCGGCGAAUCAUGGCAGCCUAACCAGUCUUUACUCUUACUACUGCUUAACGACCAUUCGACUAUUAAUCUACUACUUUACUAAAGACCGCUCUCCGGUUCCACUCUGUUCCCGCCCCUGGGACACGCGUGGGGGUGUUCGGAGUUGUACAGUUUACACUAUAUGCCUCAACGGGGGACGAUAUACAUACUUUUUUUUUUUUUUUUGCUUCCUUCUCCUUUUUUCUUCUUUUUUGGCUGAGGGUUCGAGGGGGGGGGAGUACGCAGGACUGUGUAAAUACUAUAAAUAUUUAAAGACUCAGACAGAAUGCUGGGAGUCCGGGUGGGACGACUUUGUGAAAAAGGCGAAACUUGCCGCCGCCGUCGUCAGCUGUGGAAACAGACCAGGACGAGGACACCCGGGCGCCUCCCGGCAGUGUCGUUCAAAAAGUGUUUUGUUUUUGUUUUUAAGAAAAAAUGUGCCAAAUUUGUCUUUUCAGCGGGAAUAAAUAAGUAAAUAAAUAAAUAAAUAAGUAAACCGACCAGAAACUUAAAUGGAAUUGACAAAAAUCAGAUCUUAUUUUCAUACUUGACUUUGUAUUUGUCACUCAUUCGUAAUUGAUUCUGUUUUCUUUUGUUUUUUGUUUUUUGUUUUACUUUGCCUUGUUUUUACGGUUAAAUUUCUGUCCUUUCUUCCCAUGUCUGUGUCCAUUCUCUCUGUGUUUUUGAGGAAUUUGCUGUAAAGCCAGUCUGUAAUGGUUAUAGGCUAUAAAUUUCACGGAUACUGUUCUGCAAACUGGUCAGUGUUUUCCCUCCCCACAAUGUUGCCUGUCCCUCAUGCCUGUAUGUUUUUGGAUUUUUAAAAACAUGCAUCUGAAAUUAAUGUUGAACAUGGCCCAGAAGUUGGGGGGUGGGGGUGUUGGGCUGCCGAUGUACCCGUGCUUGAAAAGGAGGGACACUCCACUUCCUUCAGUUGCAAACGCAAAAGGAAAAUGGCGGAGUCCGGAAUGUCGGGAUUGGAACUCUGAAGCUGAGCCGUGAGAAUGGAUGUAUGGACUCCCUUCUCUACUGGUGUCUCCCUGAACCUCAUUUGUACAUAGUCGCAUCCAUUAUCUGUGUUCAUUUUUAUUUUUUAUUAUUGUUUUUUUUUUGUUUUUUUUCAGGGUCAUUGUUUUGUCAGACAAAACAAAAGCAGUCUAAAAAAAGGCAGAACCAGGUGCAAAGCCGAAGCUGAAAGCAAAACCAUGUUUCUCAGUUUUGUGGUGUAAAUAUUUGUACGACUGCAGACUGACUGCUCUCUCUCUCUCUCGUGGUAAUGUUGAAGGCACUUAUAAUUUUGAUACACAAAUAAAAAAAGAAAAAGAAAUACCAAAACAAACAAACAAACAAACAAAAAAAAAAUCAAUCUUAUAUGUUGUCUUUGGAGCCAUCUCAUUUCAUUGUUUUGAGUGUAUUUAAUUGUGCCUCUAUGAGGUCAUUUUAAGAUGUUUGUAUAAUAAAUUGGUUUACACACA